AUGAAAUGUACCAUUUUAGCAGCCGCAGCAGCAGCCGCCGCGGUGGCACAGAGCAGCCAGACACAAAGAGAGGGGCUGUUUGCGGGGUGUGGCAGGGGGUUCGCUACGUCGGAUGACGAUUCGAGGGCCAGCACCAGGUCCUCCUCGUCUUCGUCUUCCAACCAGCAAACCGAGAAAGAAGCAAACACCCCCAAGAAGAAGGAGAGCAAAGUCAGCAUGAGCAAAAACUCCAAACUCCUCUCCACCAGCGCCAAGAGGAUUCAGAAGGAGCUGGCGGACAUCACUCUAGAUCCUCCGCCCAACUGCAGCGCUGGUCCCAAAGGCGACAACAUCUACGAGUGGAGGUCCACCAUCCUCGGGCCCCCGGGCUCCGUGUACGAGGCCGGCGUGUUCUUCCUCGAUAUCACGUUCACACCGGAGUACCCCUUCAAGCCUCCAAAGGUUACAUUUCGGACAAGAAUCUAUCACUGUAAUAUUAACAGUCAAGGAGUUAUUUGCUUGGACAUUUUGAAAGAUAAUUGGAGCCCAGCACUAACCAUUUCUGAAGUCCUUCUUUCUAUCUGUUCACUUCUCACAGACUGUAAUCCUGCCGACCCCUUGGUGGGCAGUAUUGCCCCUCAGUAUAUGACCAACAGAGCAGAACAUGACAGAAUGGCCCGAGAGUGGACCAAGCGAUACGCUACAUAAACCGGGCUCUCACAGCGCUUUACAUUGUCUGUCACAGA